CUUCAUCAGUAUUCUUACCGUGUCCUCUGAGUUGAAACGAUUCUCAGGGACGGAGCCGCAAAGGAGGAGGGCAAGACUCCCGCAUCAUCGCGCCCGCUCUUUCCCUCAUCAGCACCGCGGUCUAUCGAGAGCCUCUGCGUUUGAACUGUGGUCAAUUUUAACAUGUGUCGACUCUAUAUUGUGCCCGCUGUUUUGUGAACAGUGCGCGUUUGGUGGAUGUGGUCGCGUGGAUAAGCAGAAGACGAUGAUUUUGUCGGGUCUCCUCUUCCCCGCGUUAUGGGGACUGGCGCUCGGCGGAUCUCCAAGCGUCCAAAUCGGUGGCCUGUUCCCCAGAGGAGCAGAUCAAGAGUACAGCGCGUUUCGGAUCGGAAUGGUUCAGUUCGGCACGGCCGAAUUCCGCCUCACUCCUCACAUUGAUAACCUGGAGGUGGCUAAUAGCUUCGCCAUAACAAAUUGCUUUUGCUCACAGUUUUCCAGAGGAGUGUAUGCCAUCUUUGGCUUCUACGAUAAGAAGUCUGUGAACACCAUCACAUCCUUCUGUGAGACGCUGCACGUGUCCUUCAUCACACCCAGUUUUCCAGCUGAUGGGCUAAACCAGUUUGUUCUGCAGAUGAGGCCUGAUAUCAAAGGUCCUCUCAUCAGCCUGGUGGAGUAUUACAAGUGGGAGAAGUUUGCCUAUCUGUAUGACAGCGACAGAGGUCUGUCUACCCUGCAGGCAGUGCUGGACACAGCAGCAGAGAGGAAAUGGCAGGUAACAGCCAUAAACGUUGGAAACCUGAAGGAUGAGUGGAAAGACGAGGCAUAUCGCUCCCUCUUUCAAGACCUAGAGAACAAGAAAGAGAGGAGAGUAAUUUUAGACUGUGAACAGGACAAAGUCAAGGACAUUAUGGAGCAGGUGAUCACGAUCGGUCGACAUGUGAAAGGAUAUCAUUACAUCAUUGCAAAUUUUGGCUUUGUGGAUGGAGAUUUGUCCAAGAUUCAGUAUGGAGGGGCGAAUGUAUCUGGAUUUCAGAUAGUGGAUUUUGAUGACCCGCUUGUAGCUAAAUUUGACCAGCGCUGGGAGGCACUGGAGGAAAAGGAGUACCCUGGAGCAGACAGCAGAAUCAGGUACACUUCCGCUCUCACAUAUGAUGCUGUGCAAGUAAUGACUGAGGCAUUCCGCUUUCUGCAUAAACAAAGGAUUGACAUCAGUCGCCGUGGCAACAACGGAGACUGCCUGGCCAAUCCUGCAGUGCCAUGGGCUCAGGGGGUGGAGAUAGAGCGUGCUCUCAAACAGGUGCGUGUGGAUGGAUUGACGGGAAAUAUUCAAUUUGAUCAGUACGGCAGAAGAGUGAAUUACACAGUCAAUGUCAUGGAGCUGAAAAACAGUGGCCCUGUGAAGAUUGGUUACUGGAAUGAGGUGGACAAAAUGGCGGUGACAAAAUCUGACCUUUUCCCCAACGACACCAUGGGAAUGGAGAAUAAAACAGUUGUUGUGACGACAAUCCUGGAGGCACCGUAUGUAAUGCUGAAAAAGAAUGCAGAGUUAUUCACCGAUAAUGAACGUUAUGAGGGAUACUGUGUGGACCUGGCAGCCGAGAUUGCAAAGCAUUGUGGCUUUAAGUAUCAGCUGAGGAUUGUAGCAGAUGGAAAGUAUGGCGCGCGAGAUGCUGAGACCAAGAUCUGGAAUGGCAUGGUUGGGGAACUGGUGUACGGGAAAGCAGACAUAGCUGUAGCUCCGCUUACCAUCACUCUGGUCAGAGAGGAGGUGAUCGACUUCUCGAAACCUUUCAUGAGUCUGGGCAUAUCCAUUAUGAUCAAGAAACCACAGAAAUCCAAGCCGGGUGUCUUCUCUUUCCUGGACCCGUUGGCCUACGAGAUCUGGAUGUGCAUUGUAUUCGCCUACAUCGGAGUUAGCGUUGUGCUCUUCCUCGUUAGCCGCUUCAGCCCUUACGAGUGGCACACUGAGGAGUUUGAGGAUGGGCAGCUGGGCCCUAGCGAAUCUACGAACGAAUUUGGAAUCUUUAAUAGUCUGUGGUUUUCUCUGGGCGCUUUUAUGCAGCAGGGAUGCGAUAUUUCGCCAAGGUCCUUGUCUGGCCGUAUAGUUGGUGGUGUGUGGUGGUUUUUCACCCUGAUCAUCAUCUCUUCCUACACGGCUAACCUGGCUGCCUUUCUCACUGUGGAGAGGAUGGUGUCACCUAUCGAGAGUGCUGAAGACCUGGCCAAACAGACUGAGAUUGCCUAUGGGACAUUGGAUGCAGGCUCCACCAAAGAGUUCUUUAGGAGAUCUAAGAUUGCUCUCUUUGACAAGAUGUGGCAGUACAUGAAGAGCGCAGAGCCUUCUGUGUUUGUUAAAAACACAGUGGAAGGCGUUUUGCGUGUCCGAAAAUCCAAAGGCAAAUAUGCUUACCUUCUGGAGUCCACUAUGAAUGAGUACAUCGAGCAGCGCAAGCCCUGUGACACCAUGAAGGUCGGAGGGAACCUUGACUCUAAAGGCUACGGCAUCGCUACACCCAAGGGAUCUGCUUUAAGAAACGCGGUAAACCUUGCAGUGCUAAAACUGAACGAGCAGGGGCUUCUGGAUAAAUUGAAAAACAAAUGGUGGUACGACAAAGGAGAGUGCGGCAGCGGAGGCGGGGAGUCAAAGGAGAAGACUAGUGCCCUCAGCCUGAGUAAUGUUGCGGGCGUCUUCUACAUCCUGGUGGGCGGCCUCGGGUUGGCCAUGCUGGUCGCUCUGGUGGAGUUCUGCUACAAGUCUCGCGCGGAGGCCAAACGCAUGAAGAUGACGUUCACAGAUGCUAUGCGCAGUAAGGCCAGGUUGUCUAUAACGGGCAGUACAGGGGAGAACGGGCGAGUGCUGACUCCAGACUUCUCUAAAGCCGUCCAUGCUGUGCCGUACCUGAGACCUGGCAUGGCAAUGCCUCUGAGUGUGAGCGAGCUGUCCUGAGUGCCUUACACACACACACACACACACACACACACACACAUUUGGUGCAAGCAUGCUGUACCUCCACUUUCAUACAUAUGCACACACAUGUACAUAUUCUUACACACAAAGAAAUAUAUAUAUACAUAUAUAUACAUAAUAAUAGUUAAUUACUCCAUAUACAGUGAAUCACGACAUCUACACAGAGGAUGUCAAAACCAUACAUGCAUAGACACACUUUCACUUAUGUUUACUGUUCAGUGCAAUCAUAUUUUGACCAGCAGUGAUGUAUACAACCAACAUUUGCAAAAAAACAAGCUGACAGACACAAAAAAGUAUACACAUUGCUGUGUGUACAUAUGCAGAUAACUUAACAAACCUUGUGUAGCCACAGUCCUAUAGUUUCUUGUUGUGUAUGUUUUACAUAACUGCAUUUCCAAGUUCUCAUUUUGUCACACACUUGAAUACGCACAUAUAAUAUGACCUCAUUUCGCUCAUAUAUUCACACACUUGCCCCACUUCGGUUUUCAUAGACGUUUUUCACAUUGUAAGUGAUGACAUUGCAAUGCUGCACUGAGGAACAACGUUACACAUUGAAAAUAAUUCCUAUGGGAAAAUCUCCACACCUGUUUCCAUAGCAACGUGUUUUUGGAAUCUCUGAUUCUCAAGAACUCAAGCACACGAAACAUCUGCAUCAAAUGUGAUUUUGUUUAUUCUAUCUACAUGAUAUAUAUUUAAAAAGAAACGUUUGACUGGAAUCAUUUCUUAUUAUAUGAGAUAUGUAUAAUAAAUUAUGUAUAUAAUUACACUUUUGUUCAUUUGAUGUUAAUGUUACCAUGCAAAUGCUUGACUUAAAAGAAAAAAAAUGAAAUUAUUUGAGUAGUUUUGUUUCUCUUCCUCACUGGUUUGAUUUGUUGUGAUGUUACUUUUUUGGAUCAGUGUGUUCAGAUCCAUUUUUUCUUGCCUAUGGGCAAUGCAAGCAGUAGUUUUAUAAUUCUAUAAGUCUUUUGAUUAAAAAAUAAAGAAUACUAUAACUUCUGCAUUUCACAAUUUAGAUGGUAUACUGAAAGUGUUAUAUUGAUUAAGCUGGAUCUGUAUAUUAAUAUAUGAACCCCAAAAUGCCAAAUAUUGAUGUGUGCCAAAAUAUGUCAAGGCAUUCCAGAUGCAUUUAUUAAUUUUGUCGCUGUAUGGGGAAAUGUGAAGACUGCAAAUUAGCACCCUAUAAUCAGGGGUUUGUUAUUUAUGUCAUCUUUGGCUUUUUUUGUUUUGUUUUGUUUUUCAUAUCAGAUGCAUUGUACUUUUAAUAAGGUGCACUACGAUAUGCAGUUUUAACUGUGAAAAGCAUGACAACCUUUAGUUAUGUUUGUUUUAUAAAAGCGAUGAUUAAGUAUAUCACUAAUAUUAGUUAACUAGAACUUUAAUUUAUGUAGUCCAGUUAUGACCUUGAGACUAAGAGAUGGAGAUGAUUAUUACAGAUAGUUAUAUUGAUAAAGUAUAAGCCGAUCACCCUUUUCUAUGCCAUGCUGUGUAACUGAAAUCUUGUUCAUUAGUUUUAUAUGUAUAUGUACUGUACAUGUAAAUAGAAACCAUUCAUACGUAUAACUUAAAAUCUUGGAUGAUACACCGACACACACACAAGAGGAUUGCUCAUAUUGUGCAUUUGGGAGCACGUUUGGGAACCUAUGAUCAUCGUACCAAGCUGUCUCUCACAUACAGACACACAAAUGGACUUGUCAUCACUAGCAUCAUUUCAGUUGGAGAGUCUGCCAUGGGACGAAAUGGAGGACGUUUUUCUAAAUGGAAUGUGGACCGAUUGCUUUAUUUUUUGGAAUCUUUUGGAAUAAACAGAGACUGAGAAUCCUCUGAUAUUCUGUUUUCCUCUGUUUCAUGAGAAGGAGAAAAGUGCCGCAGGAGGGGGUUGACAAGCAUGUCAGAUGUUCACUCUUGGGUCCAAAAUUAACACACAGAAGAUGAAAAUGUUGAAACAGCUUAUCUAGGAUGCCUAUUUUUUUUCCUUUUUUCUUUUCUUACAGAACAUGUGGCAACACAUGUGGAAUAUUCCUCACAUUAAGCUACCAAAACCAAACUGUGAGCAACAAAAUCAUGUUUUUGUGACAGGUGCAGUUUCAUAGAAAUGCAACAACUGCUGCAACUCAAUGACCUGGACUGAUGUAAUAAAAAGCAAAAUAAUUCCAUUAGGACAAAAUGUAUUUUGAAUAAAAAUGUAAAAAUAAUGUAAAAUACAAAAUAAAUGUAAAGUAAUUUAAAAUACAUUUUCAUGGUCGGUAAGAAAUUAUUAGUCUUCUCAAUUCACCAGAUCAUUACCUCAGUGUAGAGUGAAUAUACAAAUAACAGUUGUCUUUCUUUCACUGCUCUUUCUGCCUUUUACCAAUAGUGAGUUGUGCACUGACAGAGCUGUGAGCCAAUGAAAAGAGUUUGUUGAUUUGUUCAAGCUAAUGUGCUUUGAGCAACUCGGUAACACAGGAACAGAUGUGGCCCUGUUCAGUAUGUACUGGGGACACAUUAGUGUUGUGCUUCCAUGUUCUCAUAAACAAGCUACGGUAUUUUAACCAAGUGUUUCUGAUUGCCUGGUAAUCUUUUGGGGUGAGGAAAAUUGCCAAAAUGUGUGUGUGCGUGCUUUCUUAUUGAUUUCUUAGUAAAAGACCAGUGCCAACUGCCUGAUGUUCAGUUGAUACCAUGUUAUUGUUCUGGGACAUAGAUAAACACACACAGUCUCUUUUUAGUCUCUUUUUAGGCAAGGCUCCCAGGCAAACAGACUGACAUAGCAUCUGCAGCUCAGCAGUUGAGUUUCCUCUUGCUGUGUCUAGUUCCUUAUUAGCUUUAUCAGCCAAUAAGAAAUCAGUAUUCUCCUGUAGCCAAACAUAGUUGUGUCUCUUGCAGCCAAUUAACGCUCAGCGUUAAAUCAAUUAACGUAGCACAUUCAGGUCAGUUUGUAAUCAUGGUUGUUAAUGAUUGCACUUUUUAACAUGCUUUCAUUGCACUGUUUUUGUUUUUAUUUGUUGUUAAGCAUUUAUAAGUAGAGAGAGUAUUUAACACUCUAGUAAAAAAUUACUAUGUGAACACCAAAAAAAAAAAAAAAACAUUGAUAUGAUUCGAAAAGCUUAUAUGGCCCAGAAAAAAAAUAGUCAAACUUGUAUUGUUCACGGUCAGAAAUUACUGCUCUGGAAAUGAAUGGGAAGCGAAUUUCAUCAAACAUUUGGUACUGCACCCAAACAAAAUCUUACUGAUAGCUAAUUUUUGGAGAUAUCAACCAAACAUUUGGAACACAACUUCUUUAGAUUUCUUUUAUUUUCUUGCAGUUUUAGAGUAAAACAUGUUUUGGAAAAUAUAUAUUUCAUAUAACAUUUUAAAAUGAUAUUUUUGUGCACUUUUCAUAAUAAUAAACUCAAACGUCUAUAACCCUUUUUAGUUUCACUUUUUAAGUUUUUUCCCCCCACUUAAUCUGCCAAGUGUAUUCUUUAAAAAGAUACUAAACUUAAGUGUGCGCUCCAAAGCAUUCAAGAUUUACCACAGUUUAAGUUGGAAAUUUUAUUUUGAGGUCUAUGCACAAAAAGUGGUUACCAUGGAAUAAAUGGAUCAUAACUGUUCCAGAAAUAUAAUGUAGCAGAAAUAAAAGUCCCCUAAACAUACACAAUAUUACAUUAAAAAAAAAAAAAAACAUCAAACUAAAAUAUAGUGCAUUCAAUUGAUUGAAAUAAAUAACACUAGAGGGUUAAUGGGGUACCUCUGGGUUUAGUGCUGGACUCAGACUUCUUCUCAAUAUACAAAACAUUGAUUUUUCUGUGUAUGCAGCACUGACACACAGCUCUACUUUUCAAUCCAGCUUUACAAUCCCACAGGGAAUUCACAGAUCUUGGCCUGAAUGAAAGAACACCACCUCCAGCUCAGCCUAGCCAAGACAGAGCUCCUCAUUUUCCCAGCCAGCUUGGCAAUUCAUCACAACAUCACAGUUUAGCUAGGCUCAUCAACAGUAACACCAUCCAGGAUUAUGGAUCGGGCCAGUGCCUUGGGGCAUCAGACUAUCAAGGGCUUUCAAAGUCUUAAAUUCUGAGAGUUCCAAAGGAAGCUGAGCUAUUUGUACAUAGAGUAUGAGCUGAACACCCCUGGGCCAUUUUGCACAUAAGGCACGUUCCUUAACACACAAGGGUCCCUGCUCCCCUCAGCAUACAAUGCAGGACAGGCCCCAGAAACUAUUUUUAGUCUAAUGUUAGCUACCAAAACAUGCACUUUCUUUUUUUCUGUUUCUGUGGUCUCCAACAAACCCAAGAAAGCGUGUUGCACCUUUUACUAGCGAAGUUUACAUGCAAACAAAUAAUCUGAUUAAUGGCUCAAUCUGACUGAAUAGCGUUCAAGUAGACUUAGUCCAAAUGAAAUUUCUAUUAGGUUGGAAGGGGUGGUGUAUAGACCUGAAACGAUCCGAACUUAAUCCGACUAUUUUCUCAAAUUGAUUCAAAAAUACUUAUGUGCAAAUACACAGUUGUGUGAUGUGUACAUUACCAUACGUUUUACAUCUUUCAAAUAUCCAUAUGUUUAUUAACAUCUUACAAACUGGUCAGUUUUGUUCAAAAUACAUGUUGUGCACAUGCAAACAAAUAUGUAAAUUGCAAUGCAAAGUCUAGGGUACAUAUAAAGUGAAUGAUCUGAAUCUGAAAUCAAAUUGGAUUCAUUAGGAUUGACAAAAAGUAGUGAAAAUAAACAUAACUAAUGUCUCACACUCUCACUCCCCUGACUUCCAGUUGAUCCAUCCAUGUUCAAGGCACUGAUGCUUGUAUACAGAACAGUCACUGGAUAUGCAGCCUAAGCAAAUUUAUGUUCCCUUCAGAAAUCUGCGGUCAGUGAGUCAGUUGUGUGUGAUGGCACAAACACAAAGAGGCACAAAAUCAAUACUGACUAAUCACAUCUGAUUUUCUAUCUUUGGAAAACAGCAACUUUUUGUGAGCUCCUGGCUUAUAAUUGUUAAUGCAGUACAAAAAGCGAUGCAUUUUACUAAAUUAAGUUCAAAAUGUAGUCUCUUUCUGUUGUCUUAUACUGUGUCUCGCUUCUGU